AUGGAAGCUACCUUUAAUAGGAAACAUUCAUCAAUUUGUCGGAUCUCUACCCCAUCACCGCCUAAGAGAUUUGGCGAUGAAAUAUGGACCUCUGAUGCACCUGCGACUCAGACAACUUCCUAUUGUUGUGAUUACUUCAGCAGAAUUUGCCAAAGAGAGCUUCUAAGUGCCAAGCGUGUCCAAUCAUUCCGACCCAUCAGGGAAGAAGAGGCCUUGAAUUUGAUCAAAUCUAUUUCGACCCAUAUAGCUGGAUCUCUCAUCAAUCUCACUGAAAAGCUUUUCUCCAUGACAUACAACGUUGUUUCUAAGGUCGUCAUUGGUAAAAAAUUUCAUGGUAAAGAAGAAUUCUUAUCACUUAUCAGGGAUACUAUGGAGGUAGCAGGAGGUUUCAAUGUUGCCGAUCUCUUUCCUUCAGUUAAAAUACUUGGUUGGAUAAGUGGGCUGAGGCCUAGAGCUAAGAAUAUUCAUCGAAAAAUUGAUGAGAUAUUUACUAACAUUAUUGAUGAACAUAAAGCUAGAGAUGGUAAGGUUGAUUGCGAAGAUCUGAUAGAUGUACUUUUAAAAGUUCAGGAGAAGGGUAACCUUAAUAUCCCGUUAACUAUGACAAAACUCAAGUCAGUUCUCAUGGACAUAUUCACUGGAGGGAUUGAGACAUCAUCCUCAACUGUAAUCUUUGGGAAAUGUCAGAAUUGCUGA